AUGGAGCAACAGAACGCAGCCGGGACGUCCCGCAAACGUCGCCUUCGAUACGUAUGGCGAGCCUGCGAUGUGUGCCGGCGACGCAAGGGCAGAUGCGACGGCCGUAAGCCUUGCGACUUCUGUCGCUCGCGUGCGUUGGAGUGUCGCUACACCGCCGACUCAGAACCCACAAACGAGCCUUUGCAGCCAGAGGAUCCUGCUGUGUCUUACUCUGCCGUUGCUGCCCCUCCCAUGUUGCCAGCCAAUGCGUUGGGGGUGAACGCCAAGGGCGAGUCCAUUUCUCGUGUCGUACUUGCGCUGCAGGCACAGCUCGACAGUCUCGUCACACACAUGGAGUUGUCCAACGAAUUGCACACUUCACCAGUGGUUGCAAUAGAUCCCGCCCUUCCCCGACAGAGCGCCCUUCCCCGGCAGAACACGGCCCUCGAAGGUUUGCCCUCUGCCAUGCCACCUUCCGGGGAUGCUCAGACCAACGCGAACCCAACAUCGAUACCUAACGCCCCCACAGUAGCCGCUCCCGCCGCAAAUACGUCGAAGCCAUCCACUCGUCGCUUCUACGGCCCGACGAGUCCUGACUAUAGUCUCAAUGCUGCUGCAAUCAAGCUGCGACUGGCCCAGGCGCCUCCUGGUGGCCCUACCAUCCCAGAAGAGACCAACCCUAGCCUGGAAGAUGACCAGACCGACGAUGACGAGCGCAUUAUGAUCCAAGAUGAAGGCCAUGGAUCUGGCGUUCAAGAGCGCCUUGCUAAAACUAGGCUACGCCAAUGCCUGGCUCAAUUACCAUGGCUCAUUGCCAAAAACGACGCUCUGCGCCUCUUGACUGUGUACCACAACGUCAUUGGCCGCCUUCAUCCCAUUCUCGAUCCAAAGCGGCUCGUCGAGCAGGCCGAGGCCUGCUAUUUGUUCCAUUCAAAACCCACGUCUGAUGCCUCAAUUCUUCACGAAGACACCAUUCUGAUAUUAUAUCUGGCGCUCUCGAUUGCGCUUGCUGCCGAGCCAGCCUCGCAGUCGCAUGUGGGGAAAACUCUGUAUAAAGGUGUGGAACACCUGGUCAAGCUGAAAUUAGCAUCUGAAGUGUCAAGUCUAGAUCAUGUUCUGAUAGCGUUACUAGCGUCUAUUUACCACUUCUUUACUGGUGACACGCGUUUGGCAUGGCGAGUGUGCGGCAUUUCGGGGCGCAUGGCAAUGGAACUUGGCCUCCACCGCCGAGACGUCCAUUGCCAUCUUUUGCGAGACGAAAAGCAACGCACUGGAAUUAGUGCUAUCAUCUGGAGCAUAGUCAUCUUGGACAGGCAAUGGAGUGCCGCUACUGGCUUGCCUCAAAACUUUCAGGAAUCGGAUUUUGAUCAAUCCAUAGAGCCUCCGGAGGACGCAUGGUACCUUCGAGCGAUGAUCUCAUACACAUUCAUGAGCCCGAAGUUCGAAGUACCCAUACACCGAGUCGCUGCCGGUGCAACUUAUGAACAGGAUGACGCUUUCGAACUACUCAAUUUCCAGAUUGACCAAUGGCUGAAAAAGGCCAUAGACGGUCAUGGUAUCUACCAUCCAUCUCCUGAGACAGCCGUCGGUGUAAAGCCAACGGUAGACCCUUCAAAACGCCCGUCACCCGUGGCCACAUUGCUCUAUCUGCGUGCCAAUGCCUUCCGUAGUAUCAUCCUUCGCCCGUUUUUUCUUUCAGGCUCCCACUCUAACGUCAGCGUCAAAAUGAUCAAACCGAGUAUGAACAUCAUCUCCGACACCAUCGGUGUACUCACUUUGCUGAACUCCAGCACCGACGUCUACAAAACCCAGAAUCCAUUCUUUCAGCAUUUCCUCAGCUCUUCGUGUGCACUUCUUUUCUUAGUGGUGGCUUACGUUCGCGCGGACCGCAAUCGGGCGGUCAUCAUGCAGUCUGCCGAUUUGCUGGAGCCUUUUCCGGGCUUUGUAAAGCGGGAGGUGGAACGUGCAUUGGCUCUCGCUACAGCGCAGAGUACACCGUCGCAGAGUUCGUGCAGACUUGCGAAGAGGCUGCGUCAUAUGGAAGAGCAACUAGCUCGGCCUGACUUUCUCCAACCUCCUCCAAUCGAAACCGUCCCUGAUCGAAAUCUGCAACCGCUGCAAAAUCAGCAACAAAGACCUCAGAUUCAAAGAGGGUUGGCUGAGAAGGGAGAUACCAUCGGCGGUGCUAUGGGUACCUUCCUGGACCAGGCAGAAUUUUUGCAAGUCGGGGAUGAUAAUAUGGGAGACGACACAAUGAAUGAUUGGCCCAGCAACGAGGUUGCGAGUCAUUGUGUAUGA